CUUCCUAUCGCAGUGAAUGAGUAAUGAAUAUUUAAAAAUGGAAAGUGGGGUUUAUUGGAUGUGUGCAGCGCAUUUGUGAGAAGCUCACAAUGGAGCAAAUAGAGGCAGCUAUGUACCAGAAGAUGAAGAUACCUGAGGGAUUAAAUGAGAAGCAGAUGGAAAGAAAGGAGGGAGAUCUCACCAAGGACAGUGGACAGAGGGAGCCCAUCCUUAAGUGGUUUAUGGAGACUCAGGCUGUGCUCAUCCUGUGUGAUGGAAGUUUUCCACCCUGGUUCCAGGGCUUCAUCUCCAGGCAUGAAGCCGAAGAUCAGCUCAGAGACAAGAAUGUUGGUUGCUUCCUUAUCAGACUCAGCGAAAAGGCCAGUGGAUAUAUUCUUUCAUACAAAGGACAGGAUCGUUGUCGCCAUUUUGUCAUAAAUCAAACCAAAACUGGCCUGUUCGUCAUUUCUGGUGAUUCCACCACUCAUAACAGUCUCACAGAGCUGAUCGAUCACUUUAAAACCACACCUAUCCAGCCUUUUGGAGAGUACCUGACUUCAUACAACACAGAGAUGGAUUCUGACGCCACAAAUGAGGUUUAUGAUGUGGUUAAAAAUAAGCCCUGGGUUAGUUCAGGAGUGAGCGUUAAGGCUCUAAGAAGUUUCUGGGAACAAACUAGCGAUUUCCCGCAUAGCACGCCUCCUGUUCUGUCUUCUACAAGUGGCCGGAAACUCACAACCUCCACGUCUAUUGACAGGAACAGCCUGUCACAGGGUACAAAAAUUCCACCUGUGCCAAAGAAAAAUGCACCACUUCGGAAUUCCUUAAGCGCUGGUUUUCCUGGUAAAAAUCCUUCACAUGAACAACACAGCUUCUCAGAAUCAAGGACAUCUGGAAGGUCAGGUGGAGACGAGAGAGUAAACGACAGGAGUAGCGAUAUCAUGGAUACCAAGGGCAACAACCCUCAGUUAAAGUGGCCUCUCCACCAUGACAACAAUCAGUCUCUAACCUCUAACUCUUGUGAUCUUAUGCCCUCCAUCCCUCAACAACCUCGUUUAGCUCCACCCAUAACAGCUACCUGCUCUUACGCUGUCCUUGACCUUAAAAAAUCCCAUACUGGAGCUGGCCAAUUGCCACAAACUGACCAAGUAGCCCUAGAGCCCAAUCCACUUUACCAGGCCUCAUCCGUGGUGCACUCAGGGCAGAUGGACCAGCCCGGGCUAGUGUAUGACAACCGUGCAAAGCCCAUCGACAACAUGCUUUUAGCAGAAAACCCCUAUCAAGACAUACUUGAACAAUGUGACUAUAAUACCUAUGAGGACAUUCGAGUGACAGACAGCAAUACGUAUGCAAGUUUGGAUGAGAUUCAGCCACACACACAGAACAUCAUGGGGAAGAAGAAUCAUAAGUGGUGGAAACUUCGUCUGGAGAACAAGAAGUAAUAGUCAUCAUAGUAUUUGAAGGAAGGUGAAUGGAAAAGCUUGUUUUGCUACACCUAAGUUAUAAAGUCAUAAUUUUCAUGUUGGUGUGUGCAGUAUAUACAUAACUUCAGUACAGUAUGGCUUCCACUGUAACAAAAGGCUAAAAAUUGUUAAUGCAAAUACAAUGGUACAACAAGAUUAUUACGAUAAAACAUAUUUUGAAAAUGUAUUUGAAUACCUGCUCUGAUUAUAUCUAUAGUUAGUGUUGCAUUUCAAGCUGUUUUCUGUUAUUCCAGGACUUUAUCUUUCUAUUCAAUGGUAGAUUAUGUGCGCGCAGCCUGUCACCUUUAAACCUGGAUUAGGUUUUCUGUAAACCCAGUCCAGAAACUCCAUGCUUUGUAUGAUACAAUAAUCUUUGUCUGCACAUUUGAACCCAUAACACUGCACAGCGUAACUGAAUAAAGCAUGGGGAUAAUAUACAGUAAGUGCUCUGUAUGAGGUUAGUAUUGAGUAGAUUGAUUGCAUUGUGCUUGUCUCCUUUUAAAGUGAUAUGCUUCUCCAAUUUAUAUUCAUAUAUGGAAUAAGCUGUAAAAGUAGAAGCAGUACAGAAUACAGACCUAUACAAAACCA